UUGGGUAGAGGUGUGUGGGGGGGAGAGGUUUGAGUAAGGGGGAUGCAGGCGAGGUGAGGGUGAGUAAGAGAUGAGUCAACUGCCCUCAGCUAUAAGAGAAGCCCUGAUGGAGCCUGGGAGUGACACAUACACAAACCCUAAGAGGAGUACCCGUGCUGUUCUUUAUAUAAACACAAAGAAACCACCAGGUUCUAGACAAAAACCUGCACACAUAUUGACACAGGUACACACGUUCAGGCACAUACGCCCAUUCAACCAAACUACAGAUAUGGACUGCUCCAUGGCCCUCCUGUUGUCCUCUCUGUUGGCUCUGUUCAGCGUGGGGGCAGGAGCUUCACUCUCAUUGCAUGUAGUGAGGACCAAGGUGAAAGACCUUGCUCAAACCAUGGUGAUUAGGAUCAAUAAGCUGGAUAUAUCUCCUAACCUAAUCGAGGGCAUGGACCCAUUUCUCCCUGCGGCUGCAGUAGAUCAGCAUAUAGAAAGUCUGCCUUCCAUAAUGGAGACCAUGGGGUUCUACCAGGACCUAAUGCUCUUCCUAGACUGGGCAGACCUCAAACAGCUGGUGGAAGACACCUCCACUAUGAGGGGUCUGCUGGAGAACUGGAUGAUAUCACGCUGCCCAGGCCGCCAGCAGAAACAGACAGGAGAGGGACGGCUGUCAGAGGCGCUGAAAGACACUACCAGGAAGUAUGGUCUGAGUGUGGGUCCAGUGGCGCUAAACAGACUCAAGGGCUACCUCGGUCGGUUACUACUGAACCUGGAUCAGCUGAAUUACUGUUACUAAUGUUGAUAAUCACUGAGCAACUGAACUCAGAUCAGUUUGUGCCAUGCUGAACAACUGUUACUGACAGUGACUGUCACUGAGUAACUGAACUAUGAUUAACUCGUGACCUGCUGAAAACCUAGAAUGAGUUGAAGCAAGACUGGACAGUGGGGUCAUGGUGUCUGAAGAUUCUCCAAAAUGUAGAUCAUCCCACUGUCACCAUCUCCCGCUAAGUUAUUAAGACAUUUUAUAUUAUAUUAUUUAGACAAGGACUGUAGAUUUAUUUAUAUUUAUUUCUAUGAAGAAGAGAAAAAUAAGCAGCUUUGUUUUGUAGCAUUAUACACCCGUCAGUCAGUGGCACAGGGGAAGUGUUUACUAAGCAUUGAAUCAGCUGUAUUGCAGAAUGUACACACACACACGUUGAGCACUGCUGCCUGCUCCAUGGAGGACUAGACUGCAUGUGUGUAGUGAUGUCAUCAUACUCACUGAGAGGUUUUCCUGAAAGCUAAGACAGCCUCUGCCAGGAAACCACAUGUUUUGAUGUUAGAGCAGUGACAGAGAGGGAAGGUGGGGGG